UGGACUAUAUUUUUCAAUCGCGGAUGGAUAUUGUCACAUGACGCCUUUCCACGUCGCAAUGUUUUCUUAGUAUAAAUAAAGUGUCCGCGCCUUUCGUGAAUCAUAUUGAACACAUAAGCAAGAAGAGUUUCUAAGAAGACGUGUACGUUACUUCGAGGUUCAUCGUGUAAAGAUGCAGAUCUUCGUGAAGACCCUCACAGGCAAGACCAUCACCCUUGAGGUGGAGCCCAGUGACACCAUUGAGAAUGUGAAGGCCAAGAUCCAGGACAAGGAGGGCAUCCCCCCAGACCAGCAGCGUUUGAUCUUCGCUGGCAAACAGCUGGAAGAUGGCCGCACCCUCUCCGACUACAACAUCCAGAAAGAGUCCACCCUCCACCUUGUGCUGCGUCUCAGGGGAGGCAUGCAGAUCUUCGUCAAGACCCUCACUGGUAAAACCAUCACACUAGAAGUGGAGCCCAGUGACACCAUUGAGAAUGUGAAGGCCAAGAUCCAGGACAAGGAGGGCAUCCCCCCAGACCAGCAGCGUCUGAUCUUCGCUGGCAAGCAGCUGGAGGAUGGCCGCACCCUCUCCGACUACAACAUCCAGAAAGAGUCCACCCUCCACCUUGUGCUGCGUCUCAGGGGAGGCAUGCAGAUCUUCGUCAAGACCCUCACUGGUAAAACCAUCACACUAGAAGUGGAGCCCAGUGACACCAUUGAGAAUGUGAAGGCCAAGAUCCAGGACAAGGAGGGCAUCCCCCCAGACCAGCAGCGUCUGAUCUUCGCUGGCAAGCAGCUGGAAGAUGGCCGCACCCUCUCCGACUACAACAUCCAGAAAGAGUCCACCCUCCACCUUGUGCUGCGUCUCAGGGGAGGCAUGCAGAUCUUCGUCAAGACCCUCACUGGUAAAACCAUCACACUAGAAGUGGAGCCCAGUGACACCAUUGAGAAUGUGAAGGCCAAGAUCCAGGACAAGGAGGGCAUCCCCCCAGACCAGCAGCGUCUGAUCUUCGCUGGCAAGCAGCUGGAAGAUGGCCGCACCCUCUCCGACUACAACAUCCAGAAAGAGUCCACCCUCCACCUUGUGCUGCGUCUCAGGGGAGGCAUGCAGAUCUUCGUCAAGACCCUCACUGGUAAAACCAUCACACUAGAAGUGGAGCCCAGUGACACCAUUGAGAAUGUGAAGGCCAAGAUCCAGGACAAGGAGGGCAUCCCCCCAGACCAGCAGCGUCUGAUCUUCGCUGGCAAGCAGCUGGAGGAUGGCCGCACCCUCUCCGACUACAACAUCCAGAAAGAGUCCACCCUCCACCUUGUGCUGCGUCUCAGGGGAGGACAGUAAAAGUUUCCCCUGCUUCUGUUCUGGCAAAUGUUCAGUUUUUUUUUUUCUUCAAAUGUUCAGGUUUUUUUUAUUGAAGUCAUUAAAGGCUAAGUGAAUACAAUUAAUUUCAGUGUUUAUAGAUUUCUGAAAUGUUCUGAUGCAAAACAAUGGAACUUAUGAAGUAUAGGAAGAUGGUACAUUAACUCACAUUUGCAGUGAAGGCAUGCUAUAAGAUGUACAAAAUACAGCCGCCUAUGAGUGGUCAGGAGCAUUUCACCCUUAGUACUUACCAAGGCCCUAUUUAUGGCGAUGUAUCGCAGGAUGGUUGAGUGAUUUGUCAAAUUAAUUCAUGUGCUCGCCAGAGGUAUUACGUCACUGGUUUUAAAGCUGGAGAGACUCAACCCAUCUGGUCUACGUGGGAUGAAUUUGACAAUGUAGCCACCCUACUCCUAGUCUCAUGCUCCAAAUCAACCUCUGCCACACUGAUGGCAAGGGGCAGUUUAUUUUCCUGUCAGAUCAACUCUACUAGGAUUUAGUUUAAUGGUGGGGAAGAAAUGGGUUGGAAGCUACUCUGAAAAUGUAGUAUACCAUGCUACCAAUUGAUUCCCACUGGAAUCAACUAAAUGUACUUUGUAAGAAUAUAAAUCUGAAGAGACAAAUUGCAAGAGAUCACUUUGGGGUUAUGCUACCUGAAUGUAAUUUAGACACCAGUUUCAAGUGAGACCCUUGGCUUAAGUUUCCACAACUUUUAGGAGUGCAUGGGUGCGUAUUUCAGAGUAGGCGUUCUAAUGGAAGAUUUUAUUACCUUUAACUAGACAAGUCGAGAACAAAAUCUUUCAAUAAUGGCCUAGAACGACAGAUUUGAACUUGUCAACUGUGAUUCGAUCUUGCAACCUUUUGGGUACUAGUCCAACGCUCUAACCACUAGGCUACCUGCCGAAAUAUCCACAUACAUGCUAGAACGUGCCAAUGGGCUCUCCCACUAGGAUUAAUUUGCUCCCAUUGGAAACAAUAAAAAUUGCAAUUGCUUUCUUCACCCACAUUUUAUUUUUGCAAAACUAAUGUAGUUCUAAUACUUUGCUACACCGCUGCAUAGCAAGAAAGUAAUUCACUACUGAAAACACUACCAAUAUUUGCAUUUAGUUCAAUGACCAAGCUACUGCAACAUUGUAAAAUUACAAGUUCAACGAUAUGUAGUUCAAUACUCCCUAACACCAAAUGUAAAAAUAAGGGUCACAGGCAGUUAGUACUGUUUUGUACCUGAAUUCCUGUGAAUGAGCCUUUACUGCCCCCUGUUGACUUAAAACAAACCAAAGCUGCAGUGUAUGAAAUGGAGCAUUAAAGUUAUUUUCUAUGCUUUGUAUGUGGUGAAUUUUCUAAAAUGUUUAUACAAAACUCCAAACUGGUAACACUAGUAAUGUAGCAAGUUGUAUAUUCAACGCUUUUUAUUGUGCAUUCAUUUUGUUUGGAGACAUUUUUCACCACACAACAAUUGAUCCAAAAUACAUAGGACCAGUCAAAAGUUGACACAUACUCAUUAAAGUUUUUUUUUUUCUUUAAAUAAAAAACAAUUUUCUACAUUGUAGAAUAAUAGUAAAGACAUCACAACUAUGAAAUAACACAUGGAAUCAUGUAGUAACCCCAAAAGUGUUGAGUAAAUCAAAAUAUAUUUCAUAUUUGAUAUUCUUCAAAGGAGCCACCCUUUGCCUUGAUGACAGCCUUGGGGGGGGGGGCUCAAUUGUCAUAUUUGAGUAACGGUAAAAAGUAAAUUAUAUACAUCAAAUACCUUAUAUUAAGCAAACCAGACGGCACGAUUGAUUUUUUUUUUUACACUGACAGCCAGAGGCACACUCAACAUUCAGAAACGAUUUACAAACAGUUGAACUUUUGUAUUUUACAGAUAUUCAUGUGUUAACUACUGUGCUAGAGUUGCUAAAGUUACUUGCUAGAAUUCGGCUUGACCUAGUUUUGUCGAAUGGUUUUGUUCACCAACUGUCGUCUUUCACCCUUCCCUUACAAAAUAUUUAGAUUUUGUACCCUACUUUAAAUAAAGGCUUGUUACUGUACGCCUCGUAUGGCUUAACAUUUACACGUUUGCUAUCCA